AUGCACUCCAUACAUGCGCUGCUGCUGGGACUGCUAAUCCCACUACUCUGUCUAGGCACUGCACUACCGCCAUUCUCAGACACAUUUGAUCUGUCCAGUGCUGGCCAUCUCGCUGGCCGGCAUCACCACUGCCUGGAUUGGGCCCUUCUGCCAGCAGUAAAACCAGACCGUCUUUUCUUCCUCUUGCUGGACCAAGUCGCUGCUUUUGUCCGCUCGGUGGAGAUGUGGAGCAGGUCCAUGGGCUUCCCCGCGUUCGCUGGAGCUCUGCUGGCGUCCGUGCUGAGGGCUCAAGUUCUUUCGCAGCUCUGCUGGGCAUCAUGGAUCAUUGUUGAUUUGCCAAAUUGGACAAGGCCCGUGCUACUCGCGCGCCUUCGCCCUUUUGGCUGGCUGCAGCUCUAG